AUGGAAGACGCCAAGAACCUGCACCGCCGCCUGCUCAAGUUCACGCGCGGCGACGUGACGGACCAGGGCGAGGCCCUGGAGGUGCUGCGCGCCCUGGAGAAGACGACCGUCACAUACGCCAUCCUCAAGGAGACCAAGAUGGGCCACACGGUCGGCAAGCUGCGCAAGCACGAGAACGAGAAGAUCGCGAGCCUGGCGCGGCUGCUGGUCAAGUCGUGGAAGAACAUGGCGCUGUCCCCCAAGGCCUCGUCUUCCAUCUCCAGCAGCAGCAAGCCCCCGGCCAAGAAGGAGACGUCCCCCAAGCCCAGCAGCUCCCCCGGCUCCAACGGACUCAAGACGGCGCCCAAGACCCCGGCUGCGCGCGUCAGCUCCACGCCAUUCAUCCCUGCGGGGCUGGACAAGGUACGCGCUACGGUGCGCACGAAGCUCAAAGAGAUCCUGGAAGCCUCGGAGGGUGGAGAUCCUGGACAGGUGGCAGCGGCUGUUGAGGUGGCCAUGGCCCGGACAUACCACAUGGGCGCCCCUGGCGAGCAGAAGAAGGAGUACAUGGCCAAGUACCGCCAGUUGUCGUUCAACCUGAAGAAGAACGGCGAGCUGCGCCAGAACCUGCUGGACGACAAUGUCAGCGGUGACCAGCUCGUCAAGAUGACGGCGGAGGAGCUUGCCACGGAGGAGAAGCGCGCGCAGAUUGAGAAGCUGCGCGACGACGCGUUCCAAGAGGCGCGGUUGGACUGGGCCGAGGCCAACCACGACAAGAUCCAGAAGCAGACGGGUACCGAGGGCACCAAGGGCCUGUUCACCUGCGGACGCUGCAAGUCGUCCAAGACCAGUAACACACAGAAGCAGACGCGCAGUGCCGAUGAACCGAUGACGGUGUUUGUCAUGUGCCAUAACUGCGGCAACCGAUGGAAAUGCUAG